AUGUCUUAUUCUGAGGGAUUUUUCAUCCUGGGACUCCAAAUCCUUGCAGUCGUCUGUCUUCUCUACUUUGUGGCAUGGGUAUCUAUCGAGCCUCACCCAAGUCCCACAAAACAUACAGCGAUCGCCUUGUCCCUCGGUGUUAUUACCCCUCUCCUGAUCAUGACCGUGUUCAAAAUUUGCCUCACAAGCUUCUACUCCACGAGUGAAUAUCUCUCUGAAAUCUCUAGAUUUAUCACGGAAGCCCUUGUCCCGCUUUUCCGACAGCUAUCUGUGUUUUCGCUUUUCAUGUUUGCAGGAGCUGCUGCGUUCCAGAGAUUUGGACCAAACCUAUUCAGUCGUCAGGCGACAAAGAAGGGAGAGAAUCCUGAAGAUGGAAAUGGGGCUUACAAAGGUUUGAAUGAGAAAGAGCGUACGGAAGUCAAGAUUGAGAUCUUGGAAGAGAUGCUGCAGGCUCAACGUGAGAAGCUCAAGAAGUUUGAGUAA